AUGAGCCGGCCAGCGACUCCUAUGAUUGACGAAAUCGCGCCCGGCGAGUCGGACUCUACGGAAGACGGAGAGGUAUUCUUUUUUCCAAAUUUACAGAACAGAAAAUAAUCGCAAUCUAAUUGACACUGUAGAUUCGAAAAUGCAUUUUUGCACAACUUUCAACGCAUGAAAUCAGUAAAAAUCGCAACUGAGAGAAAUUCCAACUAUUUUACAGCCUUCCCCAGGCAAUAUGACUGCUGGAAAUGGUGGCAACGGUGGCGACGGAAUGGUUGGCGGCCGCGGUGGCGACGGUGGCCACGGCUUCAACUCCGCUCGCUACACGCGCACCGUGAACGGAGGCUACGGCGGCCACGGAGGCGACGGAAGACUGCAUGGCGGCCGAGGUGGUCGAGGCGGCGACGGCUGCACCCUCGGAAAUGGGGGCCACGGCGGGGACGGCGGCCGAGGAAACCACGGCAACGGGGGACACGGCGGACGCGGCGGCGAUGGUGGAAAGUACGGCUGUGGAGGAGAUGGAGGACAUGGGGGCGAUUGCGGCAAAGAAGAAUUUCGCGGAGGAGACGGAGGUGACGGGGGAGACAGCGGAAGUGGAAAAAAAGGAGGACGCGGUAAACGUGGCACGCCCGGAGGAGAAGGUGGAGCCGGAGGCAGCGGAGGAUGUGAUGAGGAUGCCGUCGACAAGAAACCCAGCGGAAGCCAGGACCGCAAACGCCCUCAUUCGUAG